UACUGCUGCUGAUUACAGUGAUGAUUAACGACAGCCACAUGGCGAGAUUCAUUUUUCUUCCCGCCAACAACGCGCCUCUUACAUUUGUUUACCGAACUAAUUUUGUGGUCAAGGCUUUCCCAUUGAGUUGUCAUGGGGGUGAUGGGAACCACCCAUCAAUUCAUCAGUAACUAAAUGACCUCGUCCACCCCUAGAUGGCCCCACCUAUUACAGGCUACUACUUGCGAUUGAACCGCACUGACAUUGACGCAAGUUUGUUUAUGGUUUAAAAACAUGAGUUUUCAACAAUUUCCCGGUGUUUCAAACGUACCCAACUAAGCAUAAUGUAGUCAGGCAAACCAAAGGUUUGUGGCCCACCGGGGCACGUUGCAUUAAGCCUGUUGGCAUGGAGGCCAACAUUCGACAAGGGGCGGAAUUCGCCCCGAACAGUUUGAGCCCGUUCUGCCGGGACGUUCUAGUCAAAGCGGAGCCCCCCGAUGGGGUCGUGCCCGAACAGUUCAACAUCCCGCAGUUUGACGCCUUAGUGCCCAAUGUGAAGCUGGAACGGCCCCUUAAUGGCUCAGUAGUAGCGCUGUUCCACGAGACCCGGGGGCCCAACGAUCAGAGACUGUUUAGCUGCGAGCAGUGCAGCUUUCGCAGCAAGCACAAAGUCAGUUUGCUCAGGCACAUCAAGCUGCACAGCCCCGAGGACAUGCAGAGCUUUAAAUGCGCGACUUGCGGCUUCGCCACGCUUUAUCGUCGCCACAUGGACGUACACACCAAGGUUCUACAUGGCAGGGAUGGGGAGACGACCAAGCUAUACAAGUGCGAUCAGUGCUCGUACGCGUGCAACUACAGGGAGAACCUGAGCAGGCACAAAAAGACGCAUCUGGCACCGGAGGACCGUAACUCGUUCGUUUGCCAGAUUUGCCGAUUCCAGACGUUUUACAAGAAGAGUUUUCGGGUGCACAUGGAACUGAUCCACCAGAUUGUCACCGACGCCAAGCCGGAAGAGUCGGAGUUUAAGUGCUACCAUUGCCCAUUUGAGACCAAGUAUCGGGUGAACAUAGUGCGCCAUUUAAAAACCCACAUGAAAGGCGACACGACGAUACACAAGUGCCCCGACUGUGACUUUCAAACCAUCCACAAGACGAAUUUCAACACUCACGUGUUGAGGCACAAAGACCCGGGCAAAAUCAAGUUCUUCCAAUGCCAACACUGCGCCCACAAGACGUUCUACAAGGCCAGCCUGCGCAACCACCUGAAGCUCCACAUGAAGAAGGAGGAAAUCGAGACGUACAAGUGCGAUUUGUGCACGUUUGAUACAAUCUACGAGCGCAGCCUCAAGUUGCACGUGCUCUACAUGCACAAUGGCAACCACCAGGCCAUCGAGUACUUUAAGUGCCACUUUUGCAACUUUGAGACGCGCUAUCGCGAGAACUGGCGCCGGCAUGAAAAGGGCCACCUCAAGCCUGGCAAGCGCGAGUCGUACAACUGCCCCAACUGCAGCUUUUCCACGAUCCAGCAGGGGAGAUUUGAACGCCACUUGCGAACGCAUGCCAGCCCAGAACAGCUGCUGGCGAUGGACGAACGUCCGCAGCAAAAGAGCAACGGCAGAAAGCGGGCUGUUAUCGACACCCCCGUAGUAGAUAAUUUCAAGGCUCAAACCCGCACCAAUGGCGGUUGCGAAGAGCCAAAGUUCCCAUGCAACUAUUGUGCCUACAAAGCUCUGACGCGUCAACUGCUAGACGUGCACUUGGCCGCCCAUCAAGCGCCCAGCUGCGCCCAAGACUGUAAAAAGGCGUUCGUUUGCGAGCGCUGCUCGUUUAAAACGACGCACCGAAGCUCGAUGAGGAGGCACAGGGAGACGCAUUUGAGGCCGAGCGAGCGAAAGGAGUUUAAGUGCCCCACUUGCGUGUUCCGGUCGUAUACAAGGGCCAGAGUAAACAGGCACAAAUGCCCCAAUCGGGACGUGCUGGGAGCAGGCGAAUGAGCACAGCAACAUUCCAAAGACUCGACUGGCAAUGAAACUAGUCUUAGUUUGAUGUAUCCUUUGGACGGCAGGUUUACGCUGCUUCGUUUUGUAGUGGAUUCUAGAGCGUUUAACACUACGUUAGUGUAACGCAUUCUGUUUUGUACUCAUUCUUUUCACUUGCGUGGAUGAUUUCGUGAUAUUUAUGUGAAAUAAAUCAGCGUUCAGUUGUUGGUUAUUUAAAA